UCUCUGGAACAGAAGUGGCUGGGAGUUUUUUGAACUCGAGCUCCUUUAACAGAACGGUGUGUAAAAACCCACUGAAAGUUUCAAGAGUUUGAUCACAGCCUUCAUAAUGGUGAGAAUUUAGCUGACUACAGUCAGGAGCGGAGAAAAAACAUUCUGGGACAAGAUGGAACCUGAUGCCUCCAGCACCUCACUGGACCUGAUGAGAAGCAAUAGUGAUGAUGACUGCCAGUCUUCUGACGAACGAAAAAAACACGAUGGGAAUAAUGUUGAUGACAAUGCUGUCCACAACUCUGAAAGCAAAGAGACAGAACCUGAGCCAGCUGGGCCAUGCCCAGAUAUUAUCCAUACCCACUCACAGUGCAACGCUGACUCCAGUUACACAGUCACCUGCACGGUCAGCAUGGUGCUGGCUGUGCCAAGAGGUUAUGAAGAUGAUCCAGUUAUGACUACAGAGAAAGAGAGGAAACUCAAGAAAGUCCAGCCUAAAUGUAUUAUAGAGGCACCCAAAGCACAGGCCUAUUACCACAUAGAAUACAAUCUCCUGCCUGAUGAUAGUGAGCCAAUCAAAGUAGACUUGGUGAUGUUUGGUUUGGUGGCAAAGGUGUAUAUGGAUAAUGAGACAAAGGUGCUGAAGGCAUGGCAGGAGGGUGAUCACCUUUGGCUGGGGUGGUCUCAGGCCGUGAAGCUCAGUGUGACCAGAGAGCUGCUUAUAAAGAUGUCAUCACAUAAAAUAACCUUCAGGCUGUGGGACACCAAGGACAAAGUGUCUCCUAAAGCAAAAUAUGACAGACCCAAAGCCUUCAGAUUGCCACAGGGAAGGAGAGUGGAGGAUCCAGACCAAAGAGGUGCUAACCUGGACUGUGAACCGGAAAGUGCAGGUGGCAUAAAGGGUAUGGUGUAUAAGUUGCGAGCUCUUUAUGAGAAACAGAACCCAAUAACUACAACUUCCAAGAAGUGCCAAAAAGACAUCAUAUCAAUGGAGUACAAACGACCUUCAAAGCUCACGUGUGACACAGAUGAUCCCAAACUGCCCACUAUGGAGGCAAAUGGAGUCAGUGAGAAACCUCUGUCAUCUGUAGUUCUGAAAACUGAUGGAUCGCUAGCACAAGAAGCAGCAUUUUCCAACCAAAGUUAUCCUAAUGGAGGAAAGCAGAAUACUGAAACUACUGAUCCAAAAAGCAUCAAGUCUGAAGCCACUGCGGAUCAAGAAAAGGACAUGGCAUUGUCAAAGUUAUCACAGAGACAGUCAUUAGAUCACUGUAUGAAAGGCCCCAAGGACACAACAAUCUCUUCUACAAAGAGUGGCACACUGAAGGACAGCAGUUUGGUGGCAUCCAAGAAGAAACAUGUUCAGAAAACUGUUCAGGAGAGAACAGAAGAAGAGGACAUACGCAAAAAUGGAGUCGCCUCAGCUGAGCUCAAGGCCAUGUAUUUUCUUGCAGGAGAGACGUCGCUGAUAGACUGUUUGAUGAUCCGCUGUAGGAGAGUGUCUAAGGUCUUGUGCAGCAUCACUCUGGAUCAGCCGCUUAUAUCUGACGAACUCAAGGCUGAGCUCAACCCAUUGAUCAUCACAAUCUUGUCAGCAUCUUCUCUGCCAUCUACUCCUGUUCCCUUCUAUGAACUUGAGCAAAAAUGCAUGCCUGUUUACUGCCAGUACAAGUUCCACAACAUGCCUGCCCACAGGACCAAAGGGCUGAGUCAUGGAUCUAACAUAUAUUUCAAAGAUGUGAAUGUGAUCUUCACUGGCCUCCUCAGCACUGAAGAGCUGCUUGAGUUCCUUAGGGGUCCACCGUUAGAGAUUGAGGUUCAUGACCGUGAUAGGAAACCUGAAGAACUUUCUUCUAGUCCAGCAAUUUUUGGCACAGAGGCCACUGAUGAUAAAUUAGCCAGCACAGCUCUAGUCCCUGCCAAACAGACAAUCUACAGCCCAUUUAGGGAAAUGAGGAAACUCUGUGACCCUUAUGGUAUUGCCAAGCUAAACUUUUCUGAUCUCCUCAGAGGACACAGGUGUCUGAAACUCAGCCUACCUAUAAGAGGUUCCCAUCCAGUACAAUGGCUGGGCACUGACAAGAAUGAAUGUGGGGAAAAUGAGGCUGAGACAGCAGGUGCUCUGGAUGCCCAGGACAAUGCUAUGACAAAUGGUCAUUAUCUUAGUGCGAACUCCGAGCUCAAGGUGCAGGUUGAAUUAGCACACCCACUCAGUCCUGACCCUGAUAAAAGUGAAGGGCUUUGCCCAUUUGGCCGUAUCAUUUACAUUUUCAAACACAACAAUAUUGCUUUUCUGGAAAAACUGAGGUCUGAAAUUUUAAGAAUCAACGCAGUGGCAUUUCAAGUACACUGCUAUAAUAAGGAAACAGCUGAAAGAAUCUUACAGGGUCAUAUAAUGGAUGCCACAGAAAGAGAAAAAAAAUAUUUGAACGCUUUAACAGGGUUUCAUUUCCUGGAUAACGCUCUACACCUUUUUGUCCUGGAAGGACUGAAGGAUGAAGCCAUCAAAAAGCUCUGGGAAACAGUACCUAUAAAGUGGGUUGAGGAUGUAGAGAAGCAUGUCACAGUUCUUUAUAACUCAGGUCUGAGCUUCUCAAAGAGGCUCUAUGACACUCUGGAUGUUGGGUUGAGUCCAAUUCAUCUCCACAAACCACUAGAGACCAUCAUGAGACAACCCCUGGUGUAUACCAGAGACGCAGUCCCCUACACCUGCCUACAAGCCAUGCUACGAAUAAAUCACCUCUGCCAAGUGAGGAAACUUGAAGCAGUGGUCCAAAACAACCUGUUCCCAUCAGCUGAAAUGGUUCAUAGCUUGAGGAAUGAGUUUGGAAUUAUUCCUAGCAGAGGAGUGGAGAUAUUAAUGCCAGACAGCAGCGAGGCAAAGGCUAUUUUGCAUCCUCAUGUGUCACAGAGGAGGAAACACAUACCCAUUGACAACUUCAAUAAAGAUUAUCUGGCAUGGAAACAGAGUCGAGCAAAUCUAGGGCUUUACACAAAAAACUUUAUACAGGUCAACAUUGAGGACAUCCAAACAGCAACAAGUGUUUUACAGACGCUAAAGCCAAAAGUGUUUGUAGGCAAAGUGGAUGAUGGUCAGUCUGCCCACAACUACAGUAUUCAGACAAUGAACAGCACCAGUCUGGCUAAAGAGCUACUGCGUAAGGAGAUGGCAAAGGAGCCAGCUCGCAGGUUCACCUAUAGUCAGCAUUACCACUCCUUCACAGUGGACCCUGUGGAUAUAGAGGCUGAGCGUAAGGCCUCGGAGGCCAGGUCUCGAGCUGCAUGGCGUACCUGCAAUGGCUUCAUCUAUUAUAAUUUCAAGGACAGCAUGGAGUCCAACCAACACCCCAAACACCCAGACGAGACUCGGGUGGAGGAGCUUAGAAAGCCCUGGAAAGAGAACAUUCUUCAUGAGAACAUACUUAAGCCAGUCCUGAACAGGAACACAUGGCCUUGGAGCAAACGGCACGAGGACUUUGAGCUUUACAGGAAACCACCUGCUGUUUUAAGUCCAGUACCCCCAAUUACUAUUCACCUCGCAGGAGAAGCUCUGCAUCAGGAACAGCUUCAAACUGCACGUGCUCAGUAUGUUAGAUGGCUGAGGAAGAUCUUGCCUGAUAAGGAGUCUGCAAGCUGCAGUCGAGUCCCAGAGUUCAAGUGCCAUAUGCGAAAAGCAGGCCUGGAUAAACUACAUGAUAUCCUGAAGGACAAGCCUAUGAAGCUAUCUCUGAGAGCAUGGAAGGGAUCGAUGCCCAUGCCAUAUACUGACACAAAGAAGGAAGAAAAACUGGAGCACAUCCGUUCGUCUGACACACAGAUGAAUGCAAGGCGUGCUAGUGAACACAGCAAUUCUCAAUUUGGACGUUACUGGAGGUCACACUCCUUUCAACACAAGCAAACUGCCCUGCCUCUUACAGAUGAAGAAAAAAGUUUGCACGUCUUUCAAAAACCUCAGAAUACCACCAAGAUAUACACAGAUUUGGCUAACACCCAGCACAAGCGAAAUGUCAUAGAAAUGAGGACCUGCAACAGUGUCACUAUUCACAUAAAAUAAAAAGCUUCAGGCUU